UACAAAAGACUAUAAUUCCCACAAUGCUCUGCUUCAUAGGCAUUAAUACUCGAUGUAAACAGAAGUGAGAACAAAAGUCUGCCGUUUUAGGAUUUCUGCUAAAAUAAUCUCAGAUAUGGAACAAAGACAGUCUUGCUAUAUGAAUGCUUAAUUUGAUCUACGGUUAACGUCCUGUAUGUGGCUAGGCCUGUAGCCUGCGCUGUGUUGAGCACGACCUCCCGAGCCAGGCGGGCUUCUGGGGCCUCAUCCCACAAGCCACACCCAGCCCACUGCUCCCCUGACCCACUGUUCCCUAUGCUAACCCUUCUGAGCAUGUUUUACUAUAUCUGUCUGCGGCGCCGGUCCAGGAGCGGAACUCGGGGUGAGGCGCUGACCAGCAGGCGGGCCGUGGAGUCAGGCCAGCGGGCCACCCUGCCCAUCAGUGUGGAGGUGGAACAGUAUGCCAAAGAGGUGCUGGACUUCAGCUCCCACUACGGCAGUGAGAACAGCAUGUCAUACACCAUGUGGAACCUGGCCGGCAUGCCCAACGUCUACCCCAGCUCUGGGGACUUCACCCAGACGGCCGUGUUCAGGGCCUACGGGACGUGGUGGGAGCAGUGUGCCAGCGCACCUCUGCCCUUCCGCCGCACGCCCAAGGCCUUCCAUAGCCAGGACUACAUCGAGCUGGCCUUCGAGGAGCCCGUCUACCCCACAGCUGUGGAGGUGCUGGAGACCUACCACCCGGGGGCCAUUGUCCAGAUCAUGGCCUGCUCCCUCAAUCCCUUCUCUCAGAACCCUCCCACAGACGUCAGGUGGGAGGUGUUGUGGGCUGAGGAGCCCACCAAGGUGCUGACCCCCCAGGCCAGGCAGUUCUCCCCCAGCAUCAAGCAGCUGAGCUUCCCCACCAACUUGAUCCGCGUGGAGGUCAACAGCUCCCUGCUAAAGUACUACACAGAGCUGGACGCCGUAGUCCUGCGCGGCCAGAAAGAGAGGCCCAUCCUCUCCCUUUAUAAGAUGCCCAGGAUCGACAUCUGUGACCUGAGUGACAGUGAUGAGGAGCUGUCUGACCCGGGAGCCUCCUUCCGACAGGCCGGGGAUGGCAAGCACAUUAACCUGGGGAAUGGAUACUUUGAUAAACUGCCCUACGAGUUGAUCCAGCUGAUAGUCAGCCACCUGACCCUGCCCGACCUAUGUCGCCUAACCCAGACCUGUAAGCUACUCCACCAGCACUGCUGUGACCCCCUCCAGUACAUCCAGCUGAGCCUGCAGCCAUACUGGUCUCGCCUCAGUGACACCUCCCUGGGCCACCUGCAGGGCCGCUGCACCCUGCUCCAGAGACUCAACCUCUCCUGGACCGGCAACCGUGGAGCCCUCACCCUCACUGGCUUCAGCAGCUUCAUGAAGGCAUGUGGCGGGAGCCUGGUGUGUCUGGAGCUGUCGUGUUGUCACUUCCUGAGUGAACCGUGUCUGGAGGUCAUCUCCCAGACGUGUCCCGGGCUGCAGGAGCUCAACCUGUCCUCGUGCGACCGCCUCCACCCCCAGGCCUUUACACACAUCUCCAAGCUCACCCAACUGCGCCGGCUAGUGCUCUACCGCACAAAGAUAGAGCAAACAGCCAUGUUGAGCAUCCUAACGUUCUGCAUUGAGCUGAGACACCUCAACCUGGGGAGCUGUGUGAUGAUAGACGACUAUGACGUGGUGGCCAGCAUGCUGGCUGUCCGCUGCCGCUCACUGCGCUCCCUGGACCUGUGGCGCUGCAGAAACCUGACGGAGCGCGGCCUGGCCGAGCUGGCUGCAGGGUGCAGACUACUGGAGGAGCUGGACCUGGGAUGGUGCUCCACACUGCAGAGCAGCUCGGGCUGCUUCCAGCACCUGGCCCGCAACCUGCCGUGCCUGAGGAAGCUCUUCCUCACCGCCAACCGCACCGUGUGCGACUCAGACAUUGAGGAGCUGGCUGCCAACUGCCCCGCACUGCAGCACCUCGACAUAUUGGGCACCCGGAUGGUAAGCUCCUCUUCCCUGAGAAAGCUGCUGCAGGUGUGUCCUAAGCUCCUCCUCCUGGACGUGUCCUUCUGCUCGCAGGUGGACGCCCGCAUCGUCCAAGAGCUCUGCGGACUCUUCCCCAACGUGGCCAUCAAGAAGAGCUUUACCCAGUGACCUCGCUCAGCCCCACCCUCACACAGGGGCAGGGACACCAGGGGGAGGUGCUAAUUUAGACUAGCAGGGUAGAGUACUACUGGAUUUCCAGUGGGUAGAAUGAAUGGGCCUGAUGGCUGAGAGCACUGAGGCCUAUUGUAAUGUGGACUGAAUGGUUAGGAGUGUUGUGUUGUGGUGCCCUAAGCAUCAGCUGAACACCUCACCCACACCUCAACACAGUCUCCUCGUGUCAAGCCGCUGAAUGCAAGAAAGAGUCUUAAGAGUAAAACUGGUUGAAAUCAGGGUCACGGCUGCCAAAGCCACUAGAUUUCAUCAUUGGUCAGCCGUUAACUGACACAUCUGGUGGCUGCUUGUCAUCUGCCCCCCCCCUGUGACGCAUUUAGUAAAAGGGGUGACCUCAAUGUUGCAUCUGAAUCUGAAAUCUCAGGGUUUUUAUUUUGUUUAUAUUGUUUUAAUUUGUUUUAUUUAUUUUUGUCAGCGAAACAUUUGAGUCCUGUUUGAUUUCCACUGCCACAGUUUGUUCUGAGACGACAUAAAUUAUGGGAGUUCAUAAAAAUUACAUUUGGCACUGAUACUGAGACAAAACAUUUUUGGGGUGUAUUUGAUGUUGAAUAUUGUGCAAAUUGUAUGAUUGUAAAAUUAUAUCACUUUCCUUAAUUAUUUAUUGAUCUUGUAGUAUAUUAUUGCACAUCUCCAAUGCUACGAAGCAUUUCCUUUACAUUUACAUUUAAGUCAUUUAGCAGACGCUCUUAUCCAGAGCGACUUACAAAUUGGUGCAUUCACCUUUAAACUGAGACUCAGCGAUACGAGCAGCAGUGUGAAACAAAGCUAUUGAGGAAUAAACGCUAUACAAUAGGCUGUACUUUUGAGCACCCACAUUCCCAUACAGAGCAUCUUCACAUGUGCAUGGGAGGUCCUUUCACUCUCCUGCAAAUGUGAUAGUCGAGGGGCAACUACUGCGGAGUAGAUUAGCCUCUCUUAUCCCCUCUCUUCACUAUCUUUUGUUGUUGUGGAUAUCGGCCUGAUAUCGGCCCUUCUGAAACGUGUAUAGCUGAAUCUACCUUUAUGCAAAACCUGAAGUUUCAUUUUGAGCACAUGCUAGCUAGUAUGUGAAGUAUUUUUUGUGCCUUAUAUUCAUGACUGAAUGUGGUGUCCAUGUGUGUCAGUGAUUUGUAAUGCUUUGCUUCCUGCCCUCUACCAAAGUUACUUGCAAAUCCCAGGUCCCUCACUAUAGCUUUAUUUGACCAGUGAAGAAACCCAUGCAGAUCUGUCAUCUUGAUUGACACAUGCAAAGCCAUAUUUAUUUUAAACAGAAUCUUUAUCUCCAUCUUUCAAUUCCCUUUUUAUUAAGUGGCAGUUAUGUGAAUGUCUGCUUUUUGGAUUACAUUUUCUUUUAUCUGUGGAAACGUGGUCUGGUCACACUGAAAUCACUAAAGUAAUCUGCACAGGCAAACUAUUGAAAGACAGAUUAAUGUUAACACUCGUACAAUGAACACGCACACAACAAACACACACAAUCUGUCAUCCUGCUACACAAAUCUAGUUCCUCCCCUUUGUCCGGUCACUAGUUGACCAAAGUCACCACAAUUUUCACAUUGUAAUGCUACUUUUAUUUAAAGGCAUUUUUAUUUAUGUGGACCUGCUAUUUUUGCAGUGAUUGACCUUUCCCAGUUAGUUUUGGAUGUGUGCGUGUGGUCAAACUUUUGUGCCAUUUGUAAAAACUUUAAUGUACCCUUAACUAAGUGUGAAUGUCAGGUGUGGUGUCAUCAAGACUCGCCGGCAAAUAACCGCUCUAAAGUAUUGAAAAAAGGUUGCACCUCUACUACGACAAAACUGGGUGCUUUAAUUUUAAAUAAACAGAAGGUUGAUGACUGAGACUA